CCUGAAACCCUUUUUGUUCCUCUUUUGGUUCGUGUGAAAAGAGAACCCCCAUUUUAAAGUAAGAGAAAGAUAGUUUGCAAUAGUUGAAAAUCUGGAAUGAUUUCAUAAAGCUGGCUGUAAAUUGGACUAGGAGCUGUUUAUCCUUUGCAAGUGAAUAUUCAAACCCAAUACUAUUGAUUUAUGGUGAAUGCUAUGAAUGGGAAACAUGUAAAAUUGGAAUGAAACUAAGUCUGAAAAAACAUGGCAAAUUCUGCAUGUCGUGAGUUGGUCGUAAAAGCAAUAUUUACAUGCCUAUUUGAACUUGCCUUCAGCUACAGUUUCAGGAGUUGCAUACAGAUCCCAGAUUAUAACCGUACGACCUACAGAUGUGUUAAACCGCACGAACCAGAAAUAACUUCAAUAGUGAGAGAUUUGUUGCCCGCUGCGACGAACCUUACAGUGUCCUUUAGCAACCUCAAAGAAAUUCCUGAAGGAACCUUCAAACAUCUGCCUAAUCUGAACGCCCUUGUUUUGGACUACAACCAGCUUAAUAGUAUCCACAAAGAUGCUUUCAAUAACCUGACAAAACUUAAGAGUUUGAACUUGUCCUGCAAUGACAUGACAUCUCUCCAUCGUAAUGUCUUCAGUGACCUGCACAACCUUGAAGAGCUGCUCCUGGCAAACAACAGUCUGACUAACAUUGACACGUCUCUCUUUUCCAAUUUGUCGAACCUACAGACUCUAGACCUGCGCAGGAACUACCUGAAGAACUUCUCUGCUUUGGUUCAAAGCAUAACACACCUGUCAAACUUGACCAAACUGGACCUUUCGUUUAACUUACUAACCACCCUGCAUCACUCCGCCCCUCUGCCAGUGUCACUUGCCUGGCUCUAUCUCAGUAAUAAUAAUCUGUCUGAACUUGGAUGUGAUAAGAAUUUUCUCAUGUAUGUCAAAGUGCUUGAUUUCUCAGACAAUGCGUUGCUGUCAUCCCAGACUUUUCAGGGUCUGAAUCUGGGGAACGUAACAUACCUGCGUUUGCGUUUUACCAACGUCUCUGUAAUCAGUCUUCUUAAAAAUACCACUGUUCAACCUUGGAACAUCGACUUCUCGGGUUUGAAACUGAAGGACAAUAACAUACAUUCACUAUGUGUUCUUUUGCGAUCCCACAAGAAACAAUUGCCCAAACUGAUCCUCCAGAGCAAUUUCAUUAGAUCUUUUGUCAACUUCACAUUUAAUUAUUGCCCCAAUAUCACCAAUAUCAUUGACCUCUCACGAAAUGAUAUUAAAAAAACAGACUGCUUUAAGUUUCUGAAUAAACAGAGCAAACUUAAAACUCUGAAGUUAGAGCAUAACCAUCUGACCAGGCUAUUUACCUGCAAACCAGCAAAGAAGCUUUACAGCCUGAGAAAUUUGAGCUUUCGUUACAACCGUAUUCUAGAGGUCAGUGGUUAUGCCUUCAGUCAUACACCCAAAAUAACAAACCUUGAGCUGAAUAUUAAUAUAAUAGCCUAUAUGGACCAUAAAGCUUUGAGUGGACUCAGAGAUCUCAUAACACUCCGUCUAGACAACAACCUUUUGAGCGAUGUCUUUAAUGACAGCUUUGAAGACCUCGUCAGCCUAAAAACCCUUAACCUGCGCAACAACCAGUUAGCUGUGAUCUUUGACGAUUCCUUCCGUUUUCUUCAAAAUCUGACCAUUUUAGAUCUAGGUGGGAAUAAGAUCUCACAGCUGAGACCGCGUGCCUUUAAAGGUCUGAAAAGCUUGGCUAAUCUCUAUUUAGAUAGAAAUCGUCUUAAAGAGAUUGACGGCACGCUCUUUGGGAAACUUCAUGUCACGCUUCGUGUGCUGGAUUUAGAAGCGAACCACAUUGUGUAUUUCACAGAACAUACACACUCUCCAUUUAUAAACUUAUCGAAACUUCUCGACUUAAAACUCGACGCGCAGCAGCCAAAUGGUAUAAACUUGUUGCCUCGUGCGUUUUUCCGUGGCCUCACUUCUCUGAAGAGUCUCUAUCUCACCAACAACCACAUUACUGGAUUCGGUGACGAUACAUUCGAUGACCUAACAAACUUAGAGUUUUUAACUCUGGACAAUUCGUGUGUUGGUAUCGCCCAACUCAAACCGGGUAUUUUCAAAAACCUCCGAAAACUGACGACUUUAUAUGUGGAGAACAUGGGCAUUAAAUAUUUCUCAAAAGAGGUCUUUGGAAAUCUCACAGCACUGAAAGUACUACAUCUCAAUCGCAACGCCAUGCUGUCUUUGGACAUAGGUCUGCUGGAAAAUCUCACCAAACUUACAUAUAUGGACUUGCGCAGUUGUCCUCUCAGUUGCGGCUGCCAAAAUUCUGAUCUACAGAACUGGACCGUAAGCAACCAAAGACUCCAAUUUCCGUAUCUUUACAAUAUUACAUGCCAAGAUCACCCAGGGUCAUACUUUCACAACUUUGACACAAAUGUCUGUUAUUUAGACCUAGGACUCUACCUGUUUUCCUCAACCUAUGCAUUUACAGUUUUAUUUACCUUACUGCCACUCCUCUACGACAGACUUUACUGGAAAUUUAAGUACGGCUACUACGUCUUUCGAUCGUGGUUUGGCGAACAGUGGCGGCGUUUACGGGACCAAGAGGAGAACUACAAGUUCGACGCUUUUAUUUCCUAUAACUCAGCAGAUGAAAAAUGGGUAAUGGAAGAGCUGUCGCCGAACCUGGAGGGCUCUUCGUUUCGGCUCUGCCUCCACCACAGGGACUUUGAGCUUGGACGCGAUAUCGUCGACAACAUUGUGGCUGCCGUAUACGGUAGCCGCAAAACAAUCUGUGUGGUCAGCCAGAGCUUCCUUCGCAGUGAAUGGUGCUCUUUGGAAAUCCAGCUGGCCAGCUACCGUUUAUUUCAAGAAAUGCAGGAUGUGCUUUUGCUGGUCUUCUUGGAGCCUAUUGCUGAACGGCAACUGUCCGCUUAUCAUCGUAUGAGGAAGGUCAUGCUCAAAAAGACCUAUUUACAGUGGCCUGGGUCAGACUGUUCGGAUCCAGCCAGUGCGAAAGAACUGUUCUGGAGCCAGCUAAAGAGAGCACUGAGGAGUGGCAACACUGCAGGCCAAGAGGAGCAGAAGUUGAAGGAGGACAAUGAUCAGAAGAGACAAGAGAAAGCGGGUGUGGAGGAAAGAGAAUAUUUUGUGAAUCAGACACCAACAGAUGAUGAAAUAUAUUACCUGAUGCCCUAACUCACAACCUGAACAUAUUUUAAUCACUAUCAUGCAUUACAAGCAUGCAAUAAUAAUACUAAUAAUAAUCAUACUGCUAAUACUGCUAAUAAUGGAUGCACAUAAUUGAUUUUGUGUU